GGUUCCCGAUUUUGGCAUACCAGUAACGCUGUACUCUUAUUCAUUUCAUCUCACUACUCUUCAUCAUUCUAAAACAACGGGAAAGAAUUUAAUAUGUAUAGAUCUGGUCGAUUAUUAACUGAAAGUUGACAUGGUAAUUUGUACUGAGCGCUAAACAUAUUCCUUCACUACAUAUAUAUAACCGUAUUCCUUCAAAUCCCUGUAUCAAAGUUAUGCUGAGUAGAACUGCUACUCGCUUACCUAACUUUCUUCGGAGUCGAUUGAUUUACACUCAUUGUUCAAUAAUUUUGUCUACAGAAAAAUCAACAAGUCUUAGUGGUGUCGACUUUAAAGGAAAUUGCCGUUUUCAGUCACGUAAUACUAAUGCAGAAUUAGGUUCUUCUGCAAACCUUCCUGGUCAUUAUAAAAAGAAGGAUACUUUUCACAUAGGUACUAUUGAAGAUCUUCAAAGUUUUGUGUCACAUCCUAGUACUACAGUAAAUGAUAUUUUACAAAUUGAUGUACGCCAACUGCCUUCUGAUGCAUGCAUGUUGUGUUUAGAAGCUGUGCUAAGGCUUCAUAAACAAUCGAAUAAGGAGGAUUCAUUGAUUCAACAUGCUCAGAAUAAUUUACGAGCUUCUGUAACAUCGUCUAGCAGUGAUUGGCCAUUACAUUAUAUCAAUUUAGAGCAUAUAACCAGAUGGCAUAAAUUUAAUUUAGGCAUUAAUCCUUUCAAUGAUAAUGAUGAUCAUGCUGAUGCUAUUAAUAAAAGAGAUUGUACAGCAUGGAUAAAUUCGGAAAAAUUCGAUCUUCUAUUACUAACAACAACAGCUUGUGCAAACAGAUUGGAUUUAAGAUCGUUAUUAAAUUUAGCCGGACAUUUUCGUUAUUUUUGGGAUAAAUAUGAACCGAAGGCGUAUGCAUCAAUUCUACGUCAAAUACAUAAUCAGAUAAACGAAUUAUCCAUUGUACAAAUGGCUCAAAUAGCUCAUAUACUCUCAAAUAUUCAAUGUGAUCAAACUAAUAGAUUGAAUCGUCCACUGAUGAAUGAAAUUAAAUCAUUUCAAUCAGCAAUUAUUAUCCAUUUAUUGCAUAAAACUGAUCUCUUAACAACAACAACACAUGAUCCAACACUUAUUAUACGAUUAAUUUAUGAUUUAAGAUGGUCACUGACAAAAAACCAACUAUGGACUCUAUUCGAUUCAGUCUAUCAUAGUCUGUUGUUGAAUAAAUUACACUGGAAUUUAUAUACUAUUGCAUAUCUAUUGCUACAUAUGAGUAAAUUGGAAGUAUGCAGACCAUCAUUGAUAAAAAAUUGUUUAAAUAAAAUAUCCCGUAAAUUAAGAAUAUCUGAAUACCAUGUUGCAGUGAAUCAAUGUCAGUGGAUGAAUGCUAUGCUUUCAGCACUAGCCAAUAGUACAAUUAGUUUUUAUAGUUUUGAAAAGAAUUCUAAUGAAGUUGAAGAAUUACAAGGCUUUAUUCAACCACCAUUUAUUGAUCCAUCCUGCAAGAACAAUAAUGAUAGAAUACUACAUGAAAAUCUGUUUGAUAUGCAUAAAAUCUUCACUGCUGAUUGGGUUCAGGAGUUGUUCACUGCUAUUUUACAGCAUGCUGCAACUCAACCAAUUCUUGAUUAUAAUUCAUUAAAGUGUUUAGCUCAACUUAUUUAUUCGCUGUCCUUAUUUGGUUAUAAAGCAGAUUUACUUAUUGAACAGUAUAAUGAUGCUGAGAAACAACUGAACAACAGCACCACAACCACUACUUCUGUUUGUACUCAACCUCCAUUUAUUAAUAUGGCCAAGUGUUUGACUACUCCAUUAUCUAAAACUAGCAGUGAAGAGGAGAAAUCAUCUGUAUUGUGGAUUCCACGUAGUGAUUGGCGGUUCUACUAUCUUUGUGGUCUUGGACUUAUAGAAAGUAAUACAAUCAAUGAUCCUUUACUCUCUGUGUAUAUAUCAUUAAAACAAAGAAAUAUAGACAAAUUAUGUCGAAAAUUUUAUGAAGUCAGAGAAGAAUUACGAAAUUUCACUUUACUACCAUUUCAGUUUAUUCAAUUUCCUAAUAACAAUUCUUGUGAUAAUAAUAAUAGUAGUACUAUCAAUAAAAGUACAUACUUUGCAGAUAUCCUGUUUAAAACAAGGCCGAACAAGUAUACAGGUAAUAGUAGAUAUGCGAUAUGCAUUGUUCAUCAAGAGCGGGAUAUUAUUGUCAAAGGUUCAUUACUUUCACUUGUGAAUUUCUAUUACCAAACUCAGCGCCUACCUGUUCUUAUGUUUAAUUAUACUACCUACCAAUCACUUGAUAAACAAGGAAAAGAAAUUAUGCUCAGAAAUUUCCUAAACGAUAUCUACAAUGGGAUAAAUGACAACAAUGAAUUAUCCUCUACAGAAAUUCUUACAUUCAGUUGUAUUCUUCAUAAUAAAGAUAAUGAUAAUUAAAUAAUUGUUAAUCUUAUGACAGUAACAGUAAUGUGUUUAUGGUUCUUCUUCUUCUUAUUCUUCUCCGUCGUCGUCGACUCCUAAUUGUACAGAUAAACCUCAGUUUUGCAUAUCCAUCCAUAUCCAUCUCUUUGUCUAGAUUAUUGUACUAUAUCUACACAUAUGUCAUGCAUUAGUCUUUGGCAUUGUAUACAUUGUACACAAACUGGACAGUCAGUCAGUCAGUAUAUAGACUCUUCCCUUCCCUUCUCAGCCCCCGUAACUCCACCCUUAACCCCCUUUUUCAGAUAUGAAUAGGAAAUUACUCAUUUUCUUCUUCUUCUCAAAUACUCACAUUUUAUAGAAGCCCUCAAACUGUGUACUUGCCUGCUUGCUGGCUUCUUCUUCUGUCUUGCUGUUUUCCCUUAGUAGUAAGUAGCAUUAAUUCACCUUACUUACCUUACUUACUUCUCUUACUUAGACUUAUCACUUAAAACAUGUAGUUGAUUUUGCUCUCUAAUGUUUUAUUUAUCUGCCUAGUUGUAAUUUUUUUUUUUAAUUUUCACAAUAAGGAUUGUUGUGUAAUAAGUAUGCUAAUAAGAUGAUGAUUAUUCACUUAAAUGAAUAAAGUAUUAUCUAAUUCGAGUGAGAUAUCCUUUUAUUCUCCCCCCCCCCCGCCUAGCCAUCCC